AAGAGAGAAAGGAAAAGCAUGGAUCAUAUGGCGAUGGCGCCCAUGAGCUUCUUCUGGCACAUCAAAUUCACGCUCCUCUUCCCCGGCUGGGUGCCCGACACUCCACUCCUCUACGCGCUCACGCUCAUCUUCGCCGUGGUGUUCGCGAUCGCCCACGAAUGGAUCGCCGCCAAGCGCUCGACCAUCCUCGCCCCCUCGCCCUCGCCCAACGCCUAUUCCGCGCCGGAUUUGGAGAAGGGAGCCAGCAGCGACGAGGAUCCCGCGAGAAAUCCUCCCAAGUCUAUCGUGGCGAUUGUGCUCGCGGUGGUGAUCCACGGCGCCUAUGUGAUCACGAGCUACUUGCUGAUGAUGAUGGUGAUGACUUUCAACGCUGGGAUCUUCAUCGCGGUCAUGGUAGGAUUGUGUAUCGGAUUCCUUUUCUUCAAGCUUCUGCCAAAUCGACCGAGGAUUUCUUCCACCGCGCCCGGAUCCUCUGUUUAGAGGGAACGCUGUUAUAUUUGUAAAGCUCCUAUCAUCAAUCAAUGGUUGCUUUGAUUUA